GUAGAGUAACUGUAAAAGUGGCACUGUAGAGUGGAAGCAAAUCCAAUAUCUUAUCUCAUCGUCAUCUUAUACCCUUUAUUCAGAAUCACUCAAAUAAAGAGAAAGGAAGAGAUUAAACAGACAUGGAUGGGUUGCAGGUAGCUCUUCCUAUUGUCGGAGUUGUUGCGGCGGCGGCUGUGACCUUUUAUGCAGUGAGCUUUGCUGAGCUUAGAGAGAAAUCGUUUAGAGAUUUGGAAGAAUCUGAAUAUGAAGAUGGAGUUUAUAGGCCAUCCCCUAGCUCCCGAGAGAGGCGUGCCAGAAGACAAGCUAACAAAAAUAAUAAAAAAUGAACCUUAUUAUUAAGAUUGUGGUUAGAUAGAGUUUAGUGUUUAUAAUCAGAAACAUAACUGAAUUUUCAAUGUAAAACAAUCUCAAAGGUUAUUGUAUCGAAACAAAGUUUAAAUCGUCUCUGCUUUUUUUCGAAUGAUAUGUUGUUGUCUAUUUAGUUUGGUUGCAUUUCCUUUUCUUUCGUGUUUUGUUGAUUAAUUUGUAUUUAUUUUGCUGACGUAAUAAACUCUUGGUUAUGCUCAGCACGAAAAGCAAUGAUAUUAUCUGGUGGUAACUGAUGUAAUUUUUUUA